GUGUGUGUGUGUGUGUGUGUGUGUUUGGAGUCGGUGCACGGCAGCAGCGCGCCAACGGUUCAUCUCUCCGCUGCUUCCCGCGGAUCUCUCGCGCUCUUCAUCUGUUCACUGUGUUUCUCUGUGGAUUUUCUCUGGAGAUGUUUGUGUGGAGACGCACCUCGUUCCGUCAGCUGCAGGCGUGUUUUUUCCGACUGCUAUGUUUUAUUCCCACAGGAUUCCCGGUGAUCAGCGUGGACAGCCAGAGAUCCACCGACAACAUCACCAUCAGGCAGGGAGACACGGCCGUGAUCCGGUGUUAUGUGGAUGAUAAGGUGUCGAAGGUGGCCUGGUUGAACCGCUCCAACAUCAUCUUCGCGGGUGAGGAUAAGUGGUCUCUGGACCCGCGGGUGGAGCUGGUCACUCAGGGUCAGCUGGAGUACAGUCUGCGGAUACAGAAGGUGGAUGUGUUCGACGAGGGCCCUUACACCUGCUCCAUCCAGACCAAACAACAGCCCAAGACCUCACAGGUCUAUCUCAUCGUCCAAGUUCCUCCAGUCAUCUAUAAAGUUUCGGAUGACAUCACUGUGAACGAGGGCAGUAACGUGACGUUGACAUGUUUGGCCAAUGGGAGGCCAGAUCCCUCCAUCACCUGGAGACUGCUCAACCCCUCAGCCGAGGCUCUGGAUGUGGGAGAGUAUCUGGAGAUCUCUGGGAUCGUUCGCUCGCAGGCUGGACGUUACGAGUGUAAAGCGAGCAAUGACGUCUCCACUCCUGAUGUCAAAUACGUCAACGUGGUGGUGAACUACCCGCCGUACAUUAAGGAGGUGCGGAGCUCGGAGACGCCGGUGGGACAGGCAGGAGUCCUUCACUGCGAGGCAUCUGCGGUUCCUCAGCCUGAGUUUGAGUGGUACAGAGACGAGCGCAGACUGUCCAGCUCUCAGAGCGUCAGUAUUCAGAUCAGCGGCUCUCGCACACUGCUGGUAGUCGCAAACGUCACAGAAGAUGAUUACGGAAACUACACGUGUGUCGCCACCAACAGACUGGGAAUACACAACGCCAGCGUGUUCCUCUACAAACCUGGCACUGGGAGGGACAUCAACGCUUCCGGCCGCGCCUGUCAAUCAUUCUGGCUCCUCCUCCUGUCCGUCCUCUCGGUUCUUCUGAAGUGUUAAUGUUCAGUGCAGAGGCUCUGAACGCGAUCGAUCGUCUCAGACUGUUUCCAUCUUUCCAUCCACGCUCACCGUUAUGCCCCGGCAGGACGACCGUCUUGUUAUCAGGAAAAAAAUAUGAUGAAGAAAAGAAAGAAGGUGCUCUUUUAAAGACAAGAAUAUUGUCAUCUAACCGGUUCAAGCGCUGACUUCCAGUGACGCUGUCUGUCUGUCGUCCGAGUGCAUGUAUGUGAUUGACCACAGAAGCCCAGCGAAAAAUGUUUUAUUUCAUUGUGUUUUUCCAUCAAACCCUGCAGCCUGUUCCAAAAUCUGCCUAAUGUAAACUAAUAAAAGAGCGCUAGAAUCAAGUAAAGUCGUUUAGAUGUGGUUUAAAGGGACGGAAACACACAGUAUUUUCUUCUUCUCUGAGAUCAGAUCACGUUUGUCUGUGUUUGUGAUUGAAUCUUUUCACGGAGGCAGAUCAGGCCCCGCCCAUAACCCCUCCCACACGCGUAACCCCGCCCCCGCGCAUCAAGCCCCUCCCACUCCGGGCGGAUCUGCAGGGGUUUCUUCAGGGUUCCUGUGAACUCUCUCUCUCUCUCUCUCUCUCUCGAAAAACGAUUCUUUUGUAGGGAAACCUGUAGACGUCUUUGGGAUUCGUCGUGUCUGUGAACCCGUAUGAACUCUGGAUUGUACGACACCAAUGAAUGCUUCGCUCCGAUUCGCUGCUCAUCGCGUCGCGUCUUUCGUCUGUAAAUAUUCGUUUGAAUCAAAUGUCCUCACAUGGAAACGAAUCUUCAGUUCAGGUUUCUUCAGAUGUAGUUCGUUAUUCGCGGUGGCGCUUUGAUGCUUCCUGUAACAAACUGAAAUUAGAUACUAAACGUAAAGAUUUUUAAUACAAAUAUUUAAAUAUGUCGUUCUAAAACUAGAUUUACCUUUGAAGCGGCUGCACUACUAUUCUUAUUUAUAGAGACUGAUCAUUUCUGUUUGUUAGUUAUUAUAAUAGUAGUUGUACAGAAAUGAGCUGAAUCCACUGACUGCCAAACGAUUAAAGUAAACGAUAUUAAAUCAUUUUAGAGAUGGUUUACACACACACGAGCGUUUGUUUUCUUGUUUUUGUUGAAUUUGUGAAGCAUCCGUCCCUCACUUUCUUUUUGACCGUGUGUAUUUCUUUUGAAGAGCAGGUUGUGUGUACGCAUUCAUAUAUUAAAGACAAUUGAAAAGUAUUUCGAGUCCUCCUGGGUUUACAGCAGUGAGCUCGUCGGCACUUUGAUUGACAGCUCUCUCAGCCAAUAAGCUUUCAGCGUGUGAGCUCCGAUGCCUUGAUUGGAUGAACCCGCGUGUGGCUCGGCAUCUGGUUUUAAGGGCUAGUCGUGUCUCUGUAGUCCUCAGAAGCUCUCGCUCGUGCCCUGAACACACACACAUUUGGGUUUGAUCCGAUCCAAAGUCGAGCGUCCUGAAGUCCAGAUCAGGACGAUGUGUUUUCUCUCCGAAUGCCUCUGUACAGCUUCACUGCAGUGUGUGUGUGUGUGUGUGUGUGUGUGUGUGUGUGUGUGUGUUACGCUCAAUGAGGAUCAGCUGACUUUAAGUUCACCAUGUUCAGUGUGUGUGUGUGUGUGUGUGUGUGUGUGUGUGUGUGUGUGUUACUCCUGAUGCUCUGUAACAUGACGAGAAACAUGGAGGCUGUGUUUUUGUCGAUCCUCUUUUGCUACGGGACGCCGGAGUCGUUCGACUGACAUCUUCAUGAAAAGCAAUGAACAUUUUCUAACUGUGUUUAUUUACUCUAAAAUUACCGCAGUCAUUUUUUAAGCCCUUCUGCACUGUAAAGAUCUCAUGAAGUGUUUAAAAUGGAAAUAAAGUCAUUUGAAUUUGUUGUAUUUGAAAGUGGGUUUAAGAGAAAAAAAAAAAAAGAUUGUAAUUUUUGGUGAGAAAAUGAGACUUAUGAACUCUGUUAAUCAUGUAACAUGCAAAUAAAGGAAUAUAAAGAUUGUUAGAUCUCCCUUUAAA